AUGACAGACACCAGAACCAAUGUUAUUGACUUAGUUGGUAACACACCAUUAAUCGAAUUGAAAAAGUUACCAAAGGCCCUCGGUAUCAAACCACAAGUCUUCUGCAAGUUAGAAUUAUACAACCCUGGUGGUUCCACCAAGGAUCGUAUCGCCAAGAACAUGAUCGAGUACGCCGAAGAAAAGGGUAUCAUCUCUCCAGAAAAGACCACUUUAAUCGAACCUACCUCCGGUAACACUGGUAUUGGUCUAGCCUUAAUCGGUGCCAUCAAAGGUUACAGAACAAUCAUCACUUUACCUGAAAAAAUGUCCAAUGAAAAAGUCUCUGUCUUGAAGGCCCUUGGGGCAGAAAUUAUUAGAACCCCAACUGAGGCUGCCUGGGAUUCUCCAGAAUCGCACAUCGGUGUCGCCAAGAAAUUGGAAAAGGAAAUCCCAGGUGCCAUCAUAUUGGAUCAGUAUAACAAUCAGAGAAACCCAGAAGCUCACUACUUCGGUACUGGCAGAGAAAUUAAAGAACAACUGGCCCGUUUGAAUAAAUUUGAUCAAUUGCAUGCCGUCGUUGCUGGUGCUGGUACUGGUGGUACAAUCACUGGUAUUGCCAAAUAUUUGAAAGAAGAAAACCCAUGCAUUAAAAUCGUCGGUGCCGAUCCUGUUGGUUCCAUCUUAGCUUUACCAAAAUCCCUAAACGAUGCCCCAAUAGCCGAAUACAAAGUAGAAGGUAUUGGUUAUGAUUUUAUUCCAAAAGUUUUGAACAGAGAUUUAAUCGAUGUCUGGUAUAAGACUGAAGAUAAACCAUCGUUCAAAUAUGCUCGCCAAUUAAUCUCUAAUGAAGGUGUUCUUAUUGGUGGUUCUUCUGGUAGUGCUUUCAGCGCUCUAGUCAAUUACUGUCAAGAACAUCCAGAAUUGACCGAAGAUGACGUAAUUGUCGUCAUCUUCCCAGACUCCAUUAGAUCUUACUUGACUAAAUUCGUUGAUGACGAAUGGUUGAAGACUAAUAACUUGUGGGAUGAUGACAUCUUGAAGAGAUUCAACCCAAGUGUCAAGGCUACUACUAACACAGAAAAGGAUAUUUUCCACGGUGCUAUCGUCAAGGAUUUAAAUUUGAAACCCGUCGUUUCUGUUUACAAUGAUGCUAAAGUAGCUGAUGUAGUAAAAAUUUUAAAUGAAAAUGGCUUUGACCAAUUACCUGUUUUAACUCAUGAUGGUAAAUUAGCCGGUUUGGUCACUUUAUCCCAAGUUUUGAAAAAAAAUCUCUAA